UGCGUCCUACUUGAGAGUCUCGCGAGGCUUGAAGGCGGGUUUUCUGCGAGAAGGCCAAACUGGGUGUGCGGGGUGUGGAUCCCUACGAGGGGCGGAGCAGGAGAUGGCGUCCACGGUGGCUUGCCGGCUGGCCCGGAUAGCAGUCCGACCAGGGGCUCUCUGGAGCGGGCCGAGCGGGAGGAGAGGUGGCGAUGUCUCCGUCGUACCAAGCUCAGGUCGCAGCUUGGUACCGUCGAGGUCAGUCAUCGUCACUCGUAGCGGAGCCAUCUUACCCAAGCCGGUGAAAAUGUCCUUUGGUCUUCUCCGUGUGUUCUCCAUUGUGAUCCCCUUUCUCUAUGUUGGGACACUCAUCAGCAAGAACUUCGCUGCUCUACUUGAGGAGCAUGACAUCUUUGUUCCAGAGGAUGAUGACGAUGACGAUUAACAGGACAUGGAGAAGUGCAGAAAGGAGAAAGCACUAAUAGACGAAGUGGUCGCACUUUCAGCUCCUUCCCUAUUGGCAGAAGGGUCAGAGAAAGCCAGCCCCCAGCCUCACCUCCUCAUGGUUUGUGACAUCAGCCCAGAACCCUAUGUUUUGGGAGGUUCCUGCAAAUGUGCUGUCCACAGAGCACUGGAAACUCUGAGUGACAUAAUAAAUACGAGCCAUGUGUGACUGAAAGGCUGCUCCCGUUUCUCACUCCCAGCAGGCUCAGUUGCACUUUGUCGUCUCUUCUGUGUUCAAGAAACAUCUUAUUAAAAGCCAGGACAUCCAGGCUGUUACACAACCACAGAAAUCAUCGGGGGGGACCAAGAACUUUUUUCCUUUAGUUAUGUGUAUCUGUUUAUGGGUGCCCCUGGAGGCCAAAGGCAUAUGAUCCUCCUAGAACUGGAGUUAAAGAUGAUUAUAAGUUGUCUCAAGUGGGUGCUGGGAACCAACUCUGGUCCUCUGCAAAACCAGCAAGUACUCUUAACCAAUGAGCCAUCUUUCUAUCCCCCUAACCCCCAUCCUGAGACUUAAAAUUUUUUUAACUUUAUAAAUCUUCCCUCAAAGCCACUGAAGCUAACUGUAGCCUUAAGCCUAGAGGGGUUGCCACUUGCCAAACAUAGA